AUGUAUUCAUCUAAGCUUAACUGUUAUAUUUUCCUUGUAAUUUCAUUUAUUUACCAUUGUUCAUCACAAGAAGAUAAAUAUAACGAAGAGUUGUAUAUACGUCCUUUGUCAACAGGUCAUACAUAUUUUAAUCUUUUAUUUACUACUGUCGUUUCUCCAGAUAUUCUGAAAUCAAAUAUUAUUCAUCAUUAUCAUUUAUUUCCAAAAGUUAUCGCUGAUAUUGUUCGAUCGAAUGGUGUUAGUGAAUUUCAUGUUUCAUUAACGCAAGGCUUAUGGCGAUAUGAUCAUUGGGGUAUGCCAAUUGUUGGUGCACCGCCAGGUGCAGAAAUUUGGGCAUGGUUUAAACCGAAUGAACAGCAGGAUGUAACAUCUCGUUGGAAAUCAUUUGUACAUGAAUUAGGUGGUCUUCUAUGUGCUUCUCUUAAUUUUCUUGAUUCAAAUGUGAGUACAAGUUCACCUAAUUAUUCUUUCCGACCUCAAUCGAUAUUGCCCGUUUCAUCAACUUCAUAUCAAGAUAAUUCAUUUCUUCGAUAUGCUGUUUUGCCAAGAGAAAUCGUUUGCACUGAAAACUUAACACCAUGGAAAAAAUUAUUGCCUUGCGUUGCUGGUGGUUCGAACCAUAAGGGUCUUGCAGGAUUACUUGACAAUGCUCCAAAACUUUAUAAUAGUGUUUAUCACUCACUUCGAAUGGAUUUACGACAAAUAUGUACUAAUACUGAAUGUACAUCAACUCAACUAGAGCUUUCGAUGGCAUUAGCUAUUGUUGUUGAUACAACUUCAUCAAAACCUGAUCAUAAUGAAUGGACGUUUCGUUCAAUAUUCGGAUCAAAUGUAGCACAAACAUGUUCACUUAGUUCAUUGGCAAAUAUAUAUGUCGAUUUACAAUUAUCACAAACACAUUCAUUCAAUAUAAGUCCUGAACCAGAUUAUUCGAUUAAACAAGGAUCAAAACCUAUUAUUGUUUAUGAUUUGCAUGAUGAAAAAAGAAAAAAUACAACGUUCUCGUUGAAUUGUAAUUAUAAAAAACAACAAACAGUAUCAACUGAUAAUCAAGAAGAUAGAUCUUCACCUUCUAUUGUCGUUCAUCGAUAUGCUACAGGUUAUGGCGUUCGUGAUGGUGGUAUUAAAACUAUGAUCAAAUUAAAUGAAGAACAAAAACAAGAUCAAAUCACAUUGGUUUAUUUCGAACAAAUUCCUUGGUAUUUUCGUAUUUUUCUACAUACUCUGAAAAUCACAAUGCUUGAUAAUAAUCGAACGGAAAUUAAACCUGAUCAUCUAUCGUAUAUACCCGGGAAAGAUCGUGAACUACCAUACCAAUUAGAAUUAGUUAUAACAACAAAGCAAUCAAUUUUAAUUAGUUUUGAGCUUGAAAUGGUCUUUUUAAAAUGGAAUGAAUUUCCACCUGACCCAAAUCAUGGAUUUUACAUUCCAAGUGCUGUUAUCUCAACAAUGCUUUCAUCCAACAACAAAUCAAAUAAUAUUCUUCGAUCGCUUCAAUCAUAUUCCUUAAAUCAAAGUUUGUCAUCAGCAGCAUCGGAUGGUUUUGUUCGACUGUAUUCAGAAUCAUUACUUGUUAAUCUUCCAACACCGGAUUUCAGUAUGCCAUUCAAUGUCAUUUGUUUGGGUUGUACAGCUGUUGCUCUUGCUUUUGGUGGUUUACAUAAUUUAACAACCAAGGAAUUCACAUUUGGUGAAAAACGUCCGAGAAUUCCAUUUCGUCAACGUUUAGAAGAUCUCCGAUUUCGUGUUAUAGCUGCUCGACAUGCUCUUGCACAACGUGUUUUCAGAAGCAACCAACAACAAAGAGAACAUGUUGAAUGA